CUCGGAUGGUCUCAGCACGUUUUGUGGAAUAGUCCUCCUGAUUGCAACCAUCCUGGAAAUUUCGAUACUCGUCAAUAUAACUCGAAAUUGGCGAGCACUUCGCAAGGAUGUCACAGCUGAAGCUGUGGAUAUUUCCAUGUUGAUACGCGUGAUGCUAUUUGGAGCGUGGACCUUUCUAGGGCUUGUGUACGUCCUUUUGUCUUCUCUGUUCAACCCUGACCUCUGGCUGGCUUCUAUCGGAUUGGUGGAGGCGUUGAUCUUUGGAACGCAAAAGAGUGUUUUCGUGGCAUUGUUCUCUUGGGUUACUCAGAGGAAAGAACAUCCAGAGGAGAAAAUCGACUCGUACACCGUUGACUCGUGUUAUAUGCAUGAUGGGUCCUACCAUGGGAGGUACUCGGCCAGUAUGGCUAGAACCACCCAAACCGGGGAGGCCGUCUCGACUCGUGAAUUGGACAGCGCGACACCCCGCGUACGAACCAUAAUCCUUAUGGACAACAAGAGCAUUUUAUUCAUGAAUCUACCAACCCACCACGACUACUUGCCCUAG